AUGAAACAACCAUGGGAGAGACUACUUUGGCUAAAACAGGACUACCCGGAUAACUACACAGACCCCACCUUUCUGAGAGAAGUUUCAGCGCUUCGAAAGGUGCAAUCUGGGCCUCGCAGCACUUCUUCGUAUUGGAAGGUGGUGAAGGACUUUUUAUUGUUUUACCACCGUAUUCUGAACAUCGGUCUUAUGUACGUUGUUUUCGCGCUGCUGUACCUUUCUGACCUAGAUCCUAUCUUUUUAACUGCCGUGCUGACCUUAUCGGCUUUUAUCGUCGCUUUAGCCCGUCACCAGAUCACUCUGUCAUUCAAAUCGCCAUUAAUCAUAAUGUUUUGCAUACUGGUGUUAUCACCAGUAUUGAAGUCCUUGUCACAAACCACUUCAUCAGACUCAAUUUGGACCAUCUCAUGUUGGCUCACUGCUCUGUACGCAGUAGCCAUUUUUCUGCACUUGGAAUCAAUAGUAUCUACCAACCUUUUGGUUUCAAACGUAGCUGUUCUUUCCUCCAGACUCACCUCCACAACCCACGUCUUUUGCUUUUUGCUUAUUAGCAUUGAACUUAACGUUUUACUUCCCCAGAUUGAACGUUUGUUACUUGCUCGAGAACUCAACACUUGUUAUGCCAUAGCGUUUUUAGCGAACAACGCUGUCGUCUAUUAUUUUAUCAACACCUUUCUAGGAUGGAUGUACACGACCAUCAUAGCUUUCAGUGCACUGACGUUGAUAUUUGGACUUCCUCGAUACUUUUUGUAUUGGCAGCAACAUUAUGCCAAGAGCAACGCUUUAUUAUCAAAGUGGGACGCUAUGGAGCCGAUCCUUGAAUAG